AUGAAUCCCACGCUGUAUAUCGCAACCCGACACCCAGGAUCAUCUCCCAGCCACGAUGAGGCGGUAGACCGCUGGGAAACAUUACCCAUUAAAACUCACGACUCUUUAGCAAGAAAUUUGUUUAUCUGUAUGCUUCAGCUCGAUAGAUGGGAACAUGGUUGCAAUAUUUCCUCCGUGGUUGGUGGUUUAGCCGGGAUUGGUGGUGGGACUGCAGUAAUUGGUGGUGUUAUCCUAAUGCCCCCACUUGCUAUAGCAGGUAUUAACACUUUCCUGAUUUCUGGUGUAGGUAUCGGUGCAGUGUCGGUCGCUGGUGGAGGUGUUCGUCUCCUGCUUCGAGAAUCCGUAGGUGGAAAUGUGGAUCUCCUUUUUUUACAUUUUCGAAGUAAUCUGUUUCCAAAUUCAAGAGUUUAUUGUUGCCAGGCAUCAGUGCAGUCGGCCAUUGCGAAAGGUACAGUCCAUGCAGCUAUGGGUAUUAGUAUCGCGAUCGAUGUUCUAACAGUUCUUCUCAGUGUGAAGGUUAGACGGUUCACAAGUAUUUUCAUGCAGUAUUUCCCACAUAGUUUAUGA